AUGAAAUUGUUAUCCAGGCCAAUCGCUUCAAGGUCUAUUGUUGCCUUAGAACGUUUGAGCGAUCACAGCAUAGGAAGCACCGAGUUAGGAGAAGAGGAACGCUCAAAGGCAUGGUUCGAACAGGAAAAGGAGUGGAUAGCGGAGUUCUUUGCGAUUAAGGUUCCCAAGGCGCUCGCAAAAUCGGGCAAGGGGGUCAGUGAAAGCCUAACAUCGGACAAUUGCCUUGAGUAUGCUCAGCGGCUUCUGGGUGCAACAGACAUAGAACCCGUCGAAAAUCAAGGCGCAACAAGUUACACCCUUGUUUGUUUAAGCCAGGAGAAAAUUAUCCAAUUCAGACUUGAAGCGCUCAAUGAAGACGUUUUGACUCUCGCCCAGGCUAUAUAUGGCAAUCUGGUCCCAACUAACACGUUUUUUGGCGAUUUCGCUCUGCCAGUUUACGUGUCUCCGCUUAUCCCUGGAAAGGUCCAUAUUCUCCAACACUUUCCCAAACAUGCUUUUCCACUGAGAAGGCAGCUGAAGACUAUCACAGAGCUGGCGCAGUUUGUGGCAAAAUCCGCUUUCUGGCCCCAGCCUGCGUCGACAUACUCCUCGACUUCCUGGACAAAGACUGCCAGGCACGUUCUAGAAAAACUAGCCAAAAACACCUCUCUGGGAGAUAUUGAGCCUCGUUUCUUGGUCAAAGCAUCCAUUCUAUUGGAAAAGGUAUAUCUUCUAGACAAGCUUCCGCCAGUCCUGACACACCACGACUUUGUGGAAAUUAACAUUAUAGUUGAUGUAGAAGGGCGUGUUAAUGGAGUCAUCGACUUUGAUGAAGCACAGAGUGAAGCAUUCGGAUUUUGUAUUUUCGGUAUAUAUGAGAGUUUUCUGGGCCAUAUGAAAGAUUCAAAGUGGAUAUUUUUCGACGAACAAGCGGGUGAUGAGAGCGGGAGGAGCGUCAAAAACGUCUUAGAGUCUGCUUUCUGGGAUACUUUAUGGGAAUCACUACCUUCGGCGAUGGCAAAGCGAGAUUAUCAAGAGGCUAUCACGGUCGCUAUGGAUAUCGGGAGCAUAAAUCGGUACCUUGUCCCAGAUUUGUUAGAAAAAGUAGACAUUACAAACGACAGCCACCUGAGAUCAUUAGAGUUUGCUCGAGGCAUGCUGCUUGACAGAUAA